UAUGAUAAGAUGGAUGCUUCUCAUAUUAUUCUCACUUAUUUUUAUUGCAGAAGCACGUCUAGAAAGCAAGGUUUUCAAUGUUAAAAGCUAUGGAGCAGUUGCUAAUGGCAACACUGAUAAUAGUGUGGCAUUUUUGAAAGCAUGGAAUGAUGCAUGCAAUUGGAAUGGAAAGGCACAAGUUUUUAUUCCAAAAGGAACAUAUAUGCUGAAUUCAAUUGUGUUCAAAGGGCCAUGCAAGGCUUUUAGGAUGGGUUUCGUGAUCAAAGGGAUUUUGAAGGCACCACCAUAUCCAUCUUUAUUCAACACUGAUAAAUGGAUAGGUUUUUUAUAUGUUAACAAACUCACAUUGAGUGGUGGUGGCACAUUGGAUGGUCAAGGAGCUUCUUCAUGGCCUCACAAUAAUUGCAACAAGGAUCCACAUUGCCCAACUCUUCCUAUAACAGUGAGGUUUGACUUCAUCAACAAUGGUAAAAUCCAUGACUUGAAAUCAAUUAACCCUAAAGGUGGACACUUUAUGAUAUUUGGAAGUGAAAAUGUGAAAUUGGAAAGGCUAAAGAUAUCAGCACCUGGGGAUAGCCCUAACACUGAUGGCAUCAAAAUUGGUGAAUCCAAUAAUAUAAACAUCACAAGUGCUACUAUAGCCACUGGUGAUGAUUGCAUUGCUAUGAUUUCUGGUGCUAAGAACAUUACCAUCUUUGGUGUUCAUUGUGGCCCUGGCCAUGGAAUUAGUGUUGGAAGCCUUGGAAAAAAUGAUGGAGAAAAAGAUGUUCAAAACAUUGUUGUGAAGAAUUGCACAUUUAGUGGUACUAGUAAUGGCCUUAGAAUCAAAACUUGGGCUGCUUCCUUGAGUAAACCUCUUAGGGCUUCUAAUUUUCUCUUUCAAGACAUUUUCAUGGAUAAAGUUUUUAGUCCUAUUAUCAUUGAUCAAGCUUAUUGUCCAAGUCAUGGUUGUAGCAAUCAGGUGGCUUCAAGUGUUCAAAUCAGUGAUGUGACAUACAAGAACAUUAAAGGAAGUGGAAGUUCUGAGAUUGGAGUAGAAUUGAAUUGCAGCAAAAGGAAGCCAUGCCAGAACAUAACAAGGGUGGACAUAAAUUUGCGGCCUUAUGGUGGCAAAGGACAACUCAAGUCUUUGUCUUCUUUUGUCAAUGGUGCUUGUUAUGGCCAACAGAUUCCUCCAUCUUGUGUUGGUUAAAA